CUGCUAGUAGUCAGUACACUCAGAGCCCUGAUCCUGUGUAAUACAUAAGGAAGUAUCCUGUACCACUAUUUGAAGUAAUCUAAAUUUAAUUUUUAUAACUGACCGAUAUUAUAACAGAUUGAGCUAUUCAUCAUGCAGCUGUCAAUAGUCGUGUUCUCUGUGGUAGCGGUGGUCGUUGUCGUUGGCCAGGAUAACAGGGACUGGCACAUAGGAGCAGACUCAGUGAGGCCGAGUGGCACAGUAGUGCACGGCCACGCCAACAUCCCGGUACACAGAGGCUCCAAUGGUCAAGUGGACGCCAAUGUUCACGGGUCUCGAGUGUUCGGGGGACCGUACAACAGACAGCAGACAGUAGGGGGAGGCCUGCAAUACCAACACCCCAGCGGUGUGAGAGGAGGACUGGGUGUGACCCACUCUAGAGGACAAGGCAAUACUUACGGUGCUUCUGUCAGCAUACCAUUCUAGAUUGUAUAAUGCUAUCGUGUCCUACAGUGUUACCAUUAUUUUUGUAAAUAUAAAUGUUCUACUAUGUAGAUCAUAUUAUUAAUAAGUAAUCUGUAAUAUAUUAAAUUUGUAAUAAAUCCUGGUCGUUUAUGAGAAUUUGUA